AUGGCUGAAGCUCAUCGUCCUUACGGAGAGGCUGAGAGUGACGAUGAAUACGAUUUCGAUUAUGAGAGAUAUCAAAGAUCCAAAUUAGCGGACAGCAGAAAAGCUAACACCUUUGGUGGACCAGAGAUCCACUCAAAUUACGGAUCCGAUCUCAGAAAGACCUUCCUCAAAUACGCAGACAGACGCUUCUCAGUAACUGGUCACCAGUUCAACUCAGAGGGGGGCCGUCAAGUGGAUUGUCCUCCUUCUACCAACCCACCAUCUCCCGAACAAAGUGCAACAGACCUUCCAGGCAACCAUGACAACCACUCUAGUGAGGUCGGAGACCCACCAGACUAUCAAUUUCCUACUUCCAGCAGGUCCGAUGGUACACUCAUUGCCCAAGGGCACCCUGAUACCCAUAACUGGCAAGAUGCACAAGCCCCGUCUCACCCAUCGUAUCAAUACCCACACGCUACCCACAUGAGUUCGCCACAAGAUUGGAACCGAGUUCCAUUUUCGGGACACUCGGGUCAUCCUCACCUGCCUCCCUCUGUAAAUACAUACCAGAGCAUCAUUCCAGAUCCUCAUGACAGUCGAACGGUGAAGGAAGCGGUAUACAGGGCAAAGAUCGAGGCGCUUAGACCUGACCUCCGACAUGUGGAAGCUGUGAAGAAUAGCUAUAGAUACGACUACCGAAAAGCAACCGGUUACGACCUGAGAUAUGCCACUCGAGAAAGAGAACAAGCAGAGUUCGACCGGGUGGAAGAGCAAUUUUACGGGAGAUAUCCCGAGGCAGCAGACAGAUAA